ACAAAGUAAUUGCUUCCUAACAGAAAGACACACAAGCAAAAAAACCCCAACUUUCUUAGCUUACUAGUUUUUAUUCUAUCAUUCUCUUCUCUAAUAGUAAUAAUAAUAUGUCCAAUUCUAACCUAUCCCCUUCAAUCUCUUCUCUCUCUCCUAUCAAAACUCCUUUAACUACUACUACUACAACACUUCUUCCUAUUGGUAAUAAACUCAUGAAUAAUCCUCACUAUUCUACUACUAAUACUAUUGAUGAUUUUGAUGAUGAUCAAGACCUUCAUAAAUGGCCAACCCUUUCUGAGGUUGUAGGGGAGAUGAGAGCUAUAGGGAAAAUAUCAGGACCAACAACAGUAACUGGUUUGCUGCUGUAUUCAAGAGCCAUGAUCUCCAUGCUUUUCCUUGGCUACCUCGGCGAGCUCGAGUUAGCUGGUGGUUCACUCGCCAUUGGGUUCGCUAACAUAACCGGCUACUCGAUUAUAUCCGGGUUAGCCAUGGGAAUGGAGCCUAUUUGUGGACAGGCUUAUGGUGCUAAACAAAUGAAGCUACUUGGGUUAACUUUACAAAGAACAGUGCUAUUACUUUUUAGUAUAUCAUUACCCAUUGCUUUCAUGUGGGUUAAUAUGAAGAGAAUUCUAUUGUGGUGUGGUCAAGAUGAAGAGAUAUCAUCUGUUGCUCAUGUUUUCAUUCUUUUCUCCAUUCCUGACCUCUUCUUUUUAUCUCUUCUUCACCCACUUAGAAUCUAUUUAAGGACUCAAAGCAUCACAUUACCCUUAACUUAUUGUACAGCAAUCUCAGUAGUUUUUCAUAUCCCUCUAAAUUUCCUCCUUGUAGUUCAUCUUAAAUUGGGCAUUGCAGGAGUUGCCAUUGCUAUGGUUUGGACUAACCUCAACCUUUGCAUCUUGUUUUCUUCCUUCAUUUACUUCUCCCGAGUAUACAAAGACUCGUGGAUCGCGCCGAGCAUGGAUUGCCUUCGAGGAUGGUCUUCCUUGCUAGCCCUCGCCAUUCCUACCUGUGCUUCAGUGUGUCUCGAGUGGUGGUGGUACGAGUUCAUGAUAAUGCUUUGCGGUCUCUUAGCAAACCCAAGAGCAACCAUUGCAUCAAUGGGAAUACUCAUACAAACCACUUCAUUAGUCUAUGUAUUCCCAUCAUCAUUAAGCCUUGGAGUUUCUACCAGAGUUGGGAAUGAACUAGGAGCUCGCCGCCCUGCGAAAGCUCGAGUCUCCAUGAUCGUGUCACUAGCAUGUGCGGUGUUGUUAGGCCUUUGUGCCAUGCUCUUUACCACACUCAUGAGGCACCAAUGGGGAAGGUUCUUCACUAGUGACCCUGAAAUCCUCCAUCUUACUGCCAUUGCAUUGCCGAUUGUAGGCCUUUGUGAGCUCGGUAACUGUCCACAAACAACCGGGUGUGGUGUGUUGCGCGGAAGUGCAAGGCCUACAAUCGGAGCAAAUAUCAACUUGGGCUCAUUUUAUUUGGUGGGAAUGCCUGUUGCAAUGUUCUUUGGUUUUGUUAUGAAGAUGGGUUUCGCAGGCCUAUGGCUUGGAUUACUCGCAGCACAAGGCUCGUGCGCGCUACUUAUGCUCUACGUCCUCUGUAGGACUGAUUGGACUUUACAAGUAGACAGAGCAAAGGAAUUAACCAACUCUUCUUCACCAAAUACACCGGCGUUAUUACCAAUUACUUCAUCCUCUUGUGAUAAACACAAGAACAUCAUUCCAUUAUCCCUUGAUGACCUUGUUUGCAUUAAUGGCGGCGACGCCACCACAAUGGAAUCAUCUCCAUCAUCCUCUACACAAGCUCUACUAGAAACACAUCCACUCUUAAUAACUUGUUAAAAAUUGAUCAAUUAAUUGAUAGUGUAUAAUCAAUUAAUAUAAUGUCAUGCAUUUAGCGUUUAGGUAUAAGUAUGACAAGUUUAAUUAAUCUUUUAACCCACAUUUUUGCCCGUGAUUAGAUUGCCAAAUUCGCGGUUAUGAUGGUGAUUAGAGUCCUUCUAGCUAUUCUAUGUUUCUAUCCCCUUGAUCUUCUUGGUUUUUUUUUGUUUUAUAUUUGUAUGAAGGUUGUUGUAGUACUAAUGUUAUUAUUAAUAAUAAUGAUGAUAAUAAUAAUGUAAAGGAGCAUAUAUUAUACAUACAAUAAGUUAAUUAUUCUA